CUAACUUUUAUAGAUUGACACUACAACACCUGUCACUGACGCACUUCGUCUGGAUGUUAUGAAUAAAAUGUCCUAUGUCUUUGUUUGAAUUUGUGAUGUUGAUUUUUAGUUUACAACGUUAGAGAUUUCAUGCGGAUGACAAUGUGAAAUUCAAUCAAUAAAUUAUUUUUAUAGUUCCCAAAAGUUGAGAGAUGUUAGUUUCACGAGAAGACGAUUCCAUGGCUUCUUCGGAAAAUGUUUCAAUUCCGGGAUUUACCAGGAAUAUCGUGUCCAUUAAUAAUGAUGAUACUGAGGAUAUAAUUACAACAAAUGAAGAAACCAAUUUAGUAGGAUCAGUACGUAGAAGAGUACAAGUUACAGAAGGAAACAUUCAAACAGGAUCGCUUAAUGUUUUAUCAGCCAAUUUAGAGAGUUUGGAUUAUGACAUCUGUGAAAACCAUUUAUUAUUGGAUGAAGAAAGGAAAAAAGGUUACAAGUUCAUAGUUCAGAAAAGUACAGCCAGAUGGUUUAUUUUCCUUUUAAUUGGGAUGAUAACAGCUCUUAUAGCUUGCUUCAUAGAUAUAUCCGUUGAAGAGUUGUCUACCAUAAAAUAUGCUUUCCUUAGUAAAAAUAUGGACAAAUAUGUGACACAAGGAAAACUACACAUACCAUAUCUUUUUUGGGUCAUUUCCAAUAUCGUUCCUGUUUUAAUUGGCUCGAUAUUAGUUGCCUAUGGUGAACCGAUAGCAGCAGGAAGCGGAAUCCCUCAAGUAAAAUGUUACUUGAAUGGAGUGAAAAUUCCCAGAGUAGUGAGAAUAAAAACACUAGCUGUAAAAAGUAUUGGCGUUAUUUGCUCUGUGGUGGGAGGGCUUGCCGGAGGAAAAGAAGGUCCCAUGAUUCAUUCAGGAGCUGUAGUGGCAGCUGGCAUAUCACAAGGCAAAUCGAGUACAUUCAAUAAAGACCUUAAUAUUUUCCGAUACUUUCGAGAAGAUCACGAGAAAAGAGAUUUUGUAUCAGGUGGCGCUGCUGCUGGUGUUUCAGCAGCAUUCGGUGCUCCCGUAGGGGGUGUCUUAUUCAGUUUGGAAGAAGGAACAAGUUUUUGGAACCAGGGUUUAACAUGGCGAACAUUUUUCGCUUCAGUAGUGUCAACAUUUACACUUAACAUAGUUCUGUCAACAUAUCACGGUGUUCCUGGAAAUCUUAAUUUCCCUGGCUUACUCAACUUGGGUAAAUUUGAUUCAUUCAGCUAUGAAUUCUUCGAAUUGCCAAUAUUCCUGGUAAUGGGAGCAUUUGGCGGACUCUGUGGAGCAAUGUGGAACCAUAUCAACUUCAAAAUCACAGUUUUCCGUAUGAGGUAUAUACGACAGAGAUGGUUGAAAGUCAUUGAGGCUUGCAUUGUAGCUGCUGUAAGUGCAACUGCAGGUUGUCUCAUGGUGUUUAUAAUAAAUGAUUGCAAACCUCUCGGCCAAGAUCCAACAAAAUAUCCGACUCAGGUAUACUGUCUUGAUGGACAAUACAACGUUUUAGCUAGCAUAUGGUUUCAAACUCCCGAGGCAUCGGUUCGAUCUUUAUUUCAUGACCCUCCUAAUACUCAUAAUGCUGUUUCUCUCAUUUCAUUUGUUGUCGUUUAUUUUUUACUUGCUUCAUGGACAUUUGGACUGUCAACUUCGAAUGGUCUAUUUAUACCAACUUUAUUAACGGGGGCCGCUUGGGGUAGGCUGGUAUCUAUUGGUUUAUCCUAUGUUUUUCCAACGUUUGAACUAGUUCAUCCUGGAAAAUAUGCUUUGAUUGGAGCUGCCGCUCAACUAGGAGGAGUUGUCAGAAUGACUAUAAGUUUGACUGUGAUAAUAAUGGAGACUACUGGGAAUAUAACAUUCGCCCUACCCCUCAUUAUAACACUUAUAGCGGCAAAAUGGACUGGAGACUAUUUCAAUGAAGGAAUAUAUGAUACGCUGAUACAGUUGUCAGGGGUUCCUUUACUACCUUGGGAACCUCCGCCACUAGUAUAUAAUAUAUAUGCAAGUGAGGUUAUGUCUCAUCCUGUGGUAACGCUGAGAUGUGUUGAAAAUGUUGGACAUAUUGUGGAACUACUGAAAUUGACUACCUAUAAUGGUUUCCCUGUAGUAGAUCCACCUCUAUCUGAUCAGUCUGAAGUCACCACUUAUGGUCGAAUACGUGGUUUGAUAUUACGAUCUCAGCUGAUUGUUAUUCUACAAAGCAAAAUAUUCAAUGAGACUUCAGACGAUUGGGACAAUAUAACGGCUUCAUUUUUCAGAAAUCAAUACCCAAGAUAUCCAACGAUUGAUAAAAUUCACUUGACAGAACAAGAAAAAACAUAUUUUAUUGAUUUGAGACCCUUUAUGAAUCCAUCUCCAUAUACUGUGCUUCAUUCUUCGUCUUUACCAAGAAUGUUCCGUUUAUUUAGAGCUCUUGGAUUGAGGCACUUACCAAUAGUCAAUGAUUCUAAUGAGGUAAAUAAAUUGUUCUUUACUUUCUGUAUCACCAAACAUUUUUCAUAUUCACUUUCUGUCAUUAUUUCAAGAAACCUUCAAGUUCCAGUGAAUACGAUAUGA